GUCUAGUCUCGGUUUAGCCAUGGUCUUGUCCAACCCUCAUGGACUGAAAGCCGACAACGACGGUUCUCCGUCUCCGUUGCGGAGUCACACAAUCUGGGGACGCAUGUGCGUUAGCACCCAGGACUCCCGGUUCACAUGCGCGUGGGAGCUCAAUGGGAGACCACACAUGGAGGUCGACCCGUCGUCUUGUUCCCGACUCGCCUCACCUCAAUUGGGGGCUGUGUGACGCUGGUGGUGAAUCGUUGGUCUGACCUGAGGAAUCCUUUCGCGCCCUGACCUCUAGUAUGGUGCUGUCCCUUACAGUUCACUCGCCCAUCGUACGUCAUACCCUGGGCAAGGAAGAAAGGGCGCUGAUGACAAGAAUAGGGAGCGCUAAGUUGACAUUGUUUGGUGAGCGUUCCGUCCGUUAAACGCUUAGUUGACCGGCCUGUCAAUAUCACACAGAUUUCUUUCCACCCAUCGCUGCGGAGGAUGGUCAUACAUCAUAACUCGAUCCCAUCCAUCCAAAUCCCUCGGCGACAUCAUUCAUUUUCAUCUUGCCCUUGAGCAGCCCUGAUUAUCAUGCCGUGCGCGAGGAGAUGAACUGAUACGAUUUCUAGUUAAAUGCAAGUGGCGAGCGCAGUCGCAUCUGUGUCCCCAGCUCUGGAGAAAAAAUGAACACACCGCCAGGCAAGCCAAGCGCGCAGAGUCCCCACUUUUACUUCCGGGAUCGCGGGAUGCUCAUUCUCGAGGCAGAAAACGUAUUAUUCAGAGUGCACGAACACUUCCUACACCGCGACUCGCCUGUCCUACGUGACCUCGUCCCAACGGAGAUCUCGAACACCGGCCCGGAGGCGAUAUUCCACCUGGACGGUGUGAAAAGCAAGGAUCUGGAACAUCUUCUCUGGCUCUACUACAACCCCCUCAUAACAGACUACACCGCACCAAGAUCAACCUGGCUCGCGAUCCUCCGCCUCGCCGACAGAUUCUCGAUGACACGCCCCGCGCAGAUCGCCCUCGAGCACCUCAUGGCGCCGACAGCGACAGCGAGCACAGACCCGCUCGAGCGCAUCAUGCUGUGCGAGCGCCCGGACAUGAGCCGCUCUGACGCGCGGGAUGCGUAUGUCCGGGUGUGCACGCGCGAGGCCGCGCUGACGGCGGAGGAGAUCGCGCGGCUCAGUCCGGCGGUGGUCGGCAUAAUCGGGGCCGCCAGGGAGCGCAUUUUGCGCAUGCGGAGCGGCUUGGAAGACGAGGCAGUCGAAGUCGUGCACUGGGCGUUGGAGCAGGCGGAAGGCGAGAGUGAUUAAAUACAUGUAGGAGCUGGCUAGGGUGCGCUUCAGCUAGCGAUCCAUACUUUGAGAACUACUCUAUUCUAUUGCACCCGGCUAUUGGACUAUUUCUUGUUUUACCAAUCGUCUUCUAUUCAUAGCAAAAUUUAUGACAGAAGGGAAUGGUCGUCCUUGGAUCACUGACAGGACGAUCAAUUCUGGUCGGAUUCAAUAGCACGGUGCACUGUAGAACACCGUAUUCACCGAUAAAAUGAACGGCCAUU